CGAAUCCAAACAGGAUAGGGCAGGAGGUGGAGGGUUGCAUUCGUGUCACCUCAUGCGUAUAUAUAUAAGCAAAAAAUGGGUAAAUAGCUAUGUGGUUCGAUGUUCGUUGUUCGUUGUGUGUGCUUGAAACCCUAGAGUUCAAAUUGGACGAGGUUUUUGCACUUCUUCAAUGGAUCGCAAGAGGGGAAGACCUGAAGGUUCCUUCAAUGGCAAUGGCGGCGCCAAGAGGGGAAGAAUAGAAACGGAGUCCUUUCAAUCUGGUUUAGGAAGCAAAUUGAAGCCAUGCACAAAGUUUUUCAGCACCUCUGGAUGUCCAUUUGGUGAGGGAUGCCAUUUCCUGCAUUACGUUCCAGGGGGAUUUAAAGCUGUCUCUCAGAUGAUCAAUGUUGGUAGCAAUCCUGCUAUUCCACCAAUUGGUAGAAAUCCAAAUGUUCCACCAUCAUUCCCAGACGGGUCUUCUCCACCAGUUGUUAAGACCCGAUUGUGCAACAAGUUCAAUACUGCCGAAGGUUGCAAAUUUGGUGAUAAAUGUCACUUUGCCCAUGGUGAGUGGGAGCUUGGCAGGCCCACAGUCCCUGCAUACGAAGAUACUCGUGCCAUGGGACAAAUGCAAAGCAGCAGGGUUGGUGGGCGAAUUGAGCCCUCACAUCCACCUCAUGGACCUGCUGUCAGCUUUGGAGCCUCAGCCACUGCAAAAAUUAGUAUCAAUGCUUCCCUCGUUGGAGCUAUCAUUGGCAAAAAUGGUGUUAACUCCAAGCAAAUUUGUCGUAUAACGGGAGUUAAACUUUCCAUAAGAGAACAUGACUCAGAUCCUAACCUUAAAAAUAUUGAGCUUGAAGGCAGUUUUGAUCAGAUCAAACAAGCUAGUGCCAUGGUUCAUGACCUUAUUCUAAAUGUGAGUUCGGUCUCUGGUCCUCCAGGGAAAAAAAUUAGUUCACAUUCUUCUGCCCCUGCAAACAACUUCAAGACCAAGCUGUGCGAAAACUUUACCAAAGGAUCCUGUACUUUUGGGGAAAAGUGUCACUUUGCUCAUGGAAUAGAUGAAUUACGCAAGCCUGGAAUAUGAUAGAAAUUUUAGUUUACAUGGUUUUUAGGCGAGGAUUGAACUUGCAUAAUUUUGUAGUUGUUAUCUAUAAUUUUGUCAAUCAAUUUUUAAUUUGCCUCAUGUUAACUAGUGGGGAUUGGGGAAAUCUUACCUCAGCUUCUAAAAUUCAAUCGUCUUCCUUUGUAACCAUAUUUUUUAAUACUUGUAUAAGAAUCAUAAAGCCAAGAUGUGGUUUCAGUUCUGAUUUUCAUAUUUAUUUGUUAUGCUAUGGGAUUAAGCUUACCGUAAAAAA